CCGCGUUCGCUUGCCUUUCCUUCCAUUCCCUCCUCCCCUCCUCGGAGAGGAGACGGAGACGAGCGCGACGGCACGCGAGAGCGACGCGGCCGGCCGCCUCGCAAAACGCAAAAACCCUCGCCGCGCCUCCUCCCAUGUCGGGCCCGAGGCCCGCGCCCGCUGCCACGCAGAACCCUAGCGCGCCCCAGCCCCCGCCUCGCCCUCUUCCUCCUCCGCCGCCUCCGCCGCCAGCGGCGGCGGCGGCGAGGGCGCGCGAGGAGGGCGAGCUCUCCUCCGGCGCCGACGACGACGAGGCUCUGCAAACUCGGUUAGCUGCUCCAUCCAUUCUUGGAAUUUUUGCGGAGGCUGCUUCUCAAGUGCCAUCAGUAACUCUCCCUGCUAAAGGCAGUAAUACCUUGAGUAUCUCAAAUGCUAUGGCUCACAAAUCAGCUGCUCCAAGUUACAAGAAGAUCAUGAGGGUGAAUCAAGGGCAAUUCAAACCUGGCACAAACCGAAAUCUUUCAUGGCAGAAGCCUGUGCCAAGUGACAACCUUGUCAUAACAUUCUCUGAUGAUGAUAGUGGGAUCGACUCUGGGAAGGCAAAGCAAGAUACAGUAAGAGGCAGGAAGGCCACCUCUCAAGGUACACAAAAAACAGGGAAUAGUAUGCAGACUAGGAUCAUGAGAGAGGAAGUAUCUCAGCAGAAAAUCCUUGGUGCAAAGGUAGGACCUGCCCACUUGCCCGCUUUUCCAUUCACACUCAGAAAUGUAGGGGCUGGUAGGGGAUCAAGCACUACCUUUUUCAGGAAAGAGCCACCUGUGCGCCAAGUUAAUACUCUAAAGUAUAAGCAGAAAGAUGGAAAUGGUGUUGGAGUACAUUCUGCAGACCAUAGGUUAGAAAGGUUGCGCCACAAAAUUGCUGCCAAAGAAAAUGAACUAAAAGGUCAAAAAAGACCUUUGCACACCGUUGCUAUGAAGAGUGCAGAUUUGUCUUCCAACCAGGAGAGGCUGCCAUCAGAAAAGGUAGGGUUUGAACCUUCCAACAAUGGUGAAUGUUCACGCCCUAAUAGUCCGUUUGAGCAUGAUGGAAGACCAGUUAAAAGGUUGAAGCUCAAUCAACAGCAUUCCUACAACCAAGGUCAUAGUAACUCGGUAACACUUGCACCUAGUGGUGGUUCAUCAAGGAAAAACACCGUGCAAUCUUCUGAAAUGAUGGAUCACUUUGAAAAUGGAAUUACCAUGAACCCUAAUGUUGAUGAAACAGAGCACAGAGUAACAACAGAGUUUUCAGGUCAGAUACACAAUGGUGGUGCAACUAAGAAUAUUCCUCACCACAAAGAUACAGAAGUUGCUGGAAAUCAUGCUAUGGUUGAGUUGCAUGGCAGCCUUGCAGCAGCACCAUUCACUAAUAGGCAAAUUAUUUCCGAAGAUACUAGUGCUUUGCUGCCUGUUGCUUCAGCACAGGUAGUAUGUGCUGGUCCUUCAACAGUGUUAGACCGGAGGCCACAAUUGCAACCUGGAGAGGAGAAUGCCGAUCAAAUGAACUGCAGCGGUCAGAUAGGCGCAGAAGGCCAUAACACAAGAUUGUUAUCUCUGCUUGAAAUGGAGGAACUUCAAGAGAAGGAAUUGGAGGAUGCUCAGGAACUAAGACGAAAAUGUGAACUUGAAGAAAGGGAAGCUCUUAGAGCUUAUCGCAAAGCACAAAGAGCUUUACUUGAGGCAAAUGAAAGAUGUACAAUUCUUCGUAGGAGAAGAGAGAUUUGCUCUGCACAAGUUCAUGGUUUAAUUGCAGAGAAUUCUUCUUUGGUGCAGUCUUUGAGUAUUCGAAAUAGUGAAGAUGGCCCUGCAAUGACAUCCCUGCUCAAUUCUCAGAUUCAUGCAAACAGUCAGAUGCCUGAAAAUCAAGGUGGUAGGCACAGUUUACACCCUGAAGAACCUCCGCAGCAGCCCAUUGAUAAGCAUGAGGCACGGCCACACAGUUCACACUAUGAUGGGCUUGCUGCCAGCAGAGCUGAUCCAAACUUUGUGAGUACUGCCAAUGAUAAUGACACGCCUUCAGAUUACAUGGAUGAUGACCUUCUCAUGCCCGAUAGGCAAGCAAGAUCAGAAUGUGCUUUGGAUGAUAAUCAAAUGGAAGAAACUAUACAUGCAUAUGCAGAGAACAGACAACCUUCUGGUGACAGUGUGCAAGAUUAUGAGCUUUUAGAAGCUUCCUUGAGGUCUAAAUUGGUGGAAAGGUUUGGGAAGAAACCAUGUCUGAAUAGCACUGGUGAAGGCACAGAAGAAAUUGCUGUCAGAAAAGUAGCCAUGGAACAUGGCAAUCAGUCUGAACAUGCAGAACAUGGCAAUCAGUCUGACCAUGUGCUUCAACUACAGGAAACAGAGCAGAAUGAUAUGACAACUCCUGAAGGUACAAUGGAGCUGGGAAAUGAUGGUGCUGAGAAGACCGGUGGUCUCUCUAAUUCUACAAGUGGUCCUUCAAUGGGCAACUGUGAUCCUGAGGACAACAUCUCCUCUCUCAAAGAAAUAUGCAUGCAAUUGGGUACAAACAAUUUGGUUUUUCCUUCUUCAGCUCCACAAAAUGCCGCUAGGCACAUCAAGCAGGUGUUUCCUUGGUUUUGUAAGGAGUCUUCAGACUACAGAAAUGACUGCCUGACCAGUGAGGCAGCAUCUGAAGUUACAGAAUGUGUACAAGAUAUGAUACAGGACUCUGUUGGAGAGAACAUAAAGAUUCUCCCAACUACCCGAAAGGAUGAUGAUAUGGCGCACAGUGUGAUUGAUCCCUUCUGGCCCUUCUGCAUGUAUGAGCUUCGUGGAAAAUGCAAUGAUGAAGAGUGCCAAUGGCAACAUUUUGAGCAUCAUGCUUGGAGAAAGUCGAAGCAUACAAAACAUGCUAUGACCUCUGUUUCAGGCCAAAUUCCUUAUGGUCUGUCUCAGCAUAUGCUUCCUGUACCAGUGUAUCGUGUUGGCUCGAAUCUUAUUAAAGCUGAUCAGAACUUGACGCAGUCAGUGUUGGCUAGCAGUUUAUGGCAAUACUGGCAAAGGGGGUUUUGUGCUUCCUUUCCUUUACCUCUAUCUGUUCAGAGAGUUCUUCCAUCAGAUGCACCAUUAUUACAGGCUGGUGAUGGUUCAAUUUCAGAUUUUCAUAGGAACAGACAGCUGUUAAAUUUUCGAACUCUGGAUAGCUGGAAGAAUAAAACUGUACAGGGAUCUGUAGAUGUUGAAUUCUUCUUAGAAGGAGCACUUGAUUUAUAUUGUGGAAGAGUAAACAAACCUGACAGGAUCAAGGCUCUUUUAUUUCUGGCGCGGUCUAUUGAGGCUGAUCCAAGUACAGUUAUCCUCUGGGUGUUUUAUCUCCACAUUUACUAUCAAAAAGAUGAAGGACUUGGAAAAGAUGACAUGUUUUCUGAUGCGGUCCAACACAACGUUUAUUCUUAUGAAUUAUGGCUUAUGUAUAUUAAUAGUAGGUUACGCUUUGAUGACCGAUUGGAUGCUUAUAAUGAUGCUUUGAGCAUGCUCUGCCAAAUGACGGCUGACACCGACAAGGAUCUAAAAGAAAGAAGUGCUUUCAUACUAGACAUCUUCUUACAGAUGAUUUACUUCCUGUGCAUGUCUGGAAAUGUAGAGAAGGCGAUAUCUAGGAUUUUCGGGAUUCUUCCAACUGCAACUCCUGACAAUUCUGGUGACAAGUUGCUUGCUGAUGUCAUUUCUUGCUUGACCAUGCCCGACAGAUGUGUUUUUUGGAUUUCGUGCCUAUAUGUCUCAAUUUACAGGAAGCUACCGGAUGAAAUUAUUGAUCAGCUAGAGUUCGAGAAAGCUUUGCCUUGUGCCUUAGUAUGGUCUCCUAUUGAUCCUAGCGCAGAUAACAGAAACCAGAUUAUAGAGCUGCUGAACUAUGCUGCUAAUAAGAUGGCUGAAGAUAUUAGUGAGUGUGUUAAAAAUGGGGAUCCAAAUUACCUGAUGUUAUCUCAAUUCCUCGCUGUUAACCACAUUAGUUGUCUAGCAGCUGUUGAAGGAUUCAAAUCUUCUGCUGAUAUGCUAGUGAAGUAUAUGGAGGAGUACCCAAUGUGUCCACAGAUUCUCCUUAUCUCAGCACGGCUAGAUAGAUCGCAUGGUGCAUGCCCUGGGCUGAAAGGGUUUGAUGAACUGAUCUUGAAUUGGCCUAAGGAGGUGCAAGGAGUUCAAUAUCUAUGGAAUCAAUAUUUUGAGCAUGCUCUAGCCACUAAUACCAAAUUAUCUGAGAAGGUACUGAAUUGCUGGUUUGAAGAAUAUGGAAAACGCUGUGAUAUCCAAAGUAAUGCUGCUGCUGGUGCAGUAGAAUUCAGCAACGAAGAGCCUGGGUCACCAUUGCUUGUUUCAGUCCAGGAAAUUGGUUCUGGUCCUUCUGCACCAGAAGAUCAUGUCUUUUGGUUAUUAAACCUCUCAUUGUACAAGAUACUAGAGAACAACUUAGGGGAUGCUCAAGUUGCUGUGGAUAAAGCAUUGAAAUUGGCUAAUGGGGAGUGCUAUGAGCAUUGUUUAAGAGAACAUGCUGCAAUUCACGUGCUGGAACUGGAGAAAUCAUCGUCUUCUCUAGAUGCUCAAACUCGGUCGACAUUCAGUUUCAUCAUUGGCCAUCUUGCAGAUCAUCGGAAUUUGCCCACAAGGGAGCUGCUGUCACGAAGGUUUUGCCAGAAUGUUAAGAAGCAUAGGCUUAGGCAGUUAAUAGAUCACACUCUAGGUCCUGUUCCCGCAGAUUCUACCUUGGUAAAUUCUGUCCUUGAAGUGUGCUUCGGCUCGUCACUUCUUCCCGGAAGAAUUAGUGAUGUGAAGUACUUGGUAGAUUUUGUCGAAGCAGUCAUGGAGGUUCUUCCCGCAAACUAUCGGCUAGCCCUGGCAGUUGGUUGGUUCGCCCUUAAGCACUACAAGGGUUCUGACGCUACCUCCACGGGCACCAGGUUCUGGGCAAGCUCUGUUCUGAUCAAUGCCAUCUUCCGAGCAGUACCUGUCGCACCAGAAUCAGUAUGGCUAGAAGGUGCCAGUCUCCUGGAGAAACUGCAUACCACAGAGAUCGUCAAGAGGUUCUACCAGCAGGCCACAUCGGUCUACCCCUUUUCCUUCAAGUUGUGGCAUGCGCACCUGAACUCCUGCAAGGCCAAUGGAGGCAACGCAGAAGGCAUCGUGGAAUCUGCGAGGCAACGCGGCAUCGAGCUGAAUCUGGCACCAACGUAGUGUUGUCCCUUCGAUCCAAAGGCGUGGUGGUUCGACAGGUGGAGUGGAGAUGUAGUCAGUGUUGUGCUAGCUGGAGAUGGUUUUGAUAUAAUAUACCUGUCAGUCAGUGGCGAUGAUGGUUGGACCAGCAUACAGUAUGUGUUGUUGCUGGUGAGUAGUAACUAGGGGCGGAGGAUACUGGCAUAUGGGGGGAUACCGUACAGUGGUGGACUUUUUGACUGGCUGGAGAUUGAUGUUGAGGCAGUUAUGUUUAUCUGUUUUCAGUGUAUUUACUUCCGUGUCAAUGUAUUACUAGAUGCAUAACUGCUAUUUUUAGGCAUCAUGAUCAAUGGAUAUGAAAUGGGAAUUUUUUUUGUUCGCCCUUGCA